AUGUUGGUUUCUCCGGACCACCUGCCGGAGGGCCGGCCGUUUCCCUUCCCCAACCUCCCGGAGCACAUGGCGCCCAGCGUCUUCACCACCAAAGCUCCGCUGGUGCAGAAGCCUGGUGGCGGCUUCGGCGGCUACGGCGGCUUCGGGGGGGCAGGCAUGCCCAACAUGGCCAUGCCCGGCCAGAACAUGGCCAUGCCUGGCAUGCUGCAGGGCAUGCCGCAGGGCAUGCCGCAGGGCAUGCCGCAGGGCAUGCCUGGAGUGCCCGGUAUGCCUCCGAUGCAGUUCCCAGGCGUUCCGGGCUUCGCCUUGCUGGAGAAGUCCGAGGCCGGCGUGAAGAGGAACCUGCGCGCGGGCGGCAUGCUUGUCAAGCAGGCAGGCGACGGGGAGAUGACUUGCGACUGCGAGGUGGGCUGA